ACCGCGCGACCGUUGCUCCAUCUCUCCUCCGAAGGCGACGCAAAGCAAAAGCAAAGCGCCGCCGCGACGCGAGCCACCAGAUGCCGCCGCCGCCGCCGCCGGAGGGGAGGCCGGCGUGGUCGGUCACCGUGCGCCUGAGGCACCGGGGCUGGCUCGAGCUCCGCGCGGCGGCGGAGAACGUCCUCCCCGGGUGGGGCCACGGCGGCGAGCGCCUCUCCCUCCUCCUCCGCCUCCGCCGCGGCCUCCGCCUCGCCGUCACCUCCCGGUGCGUCCGCCCCCCGCCGGAGAAGAACCCGCGCGCCUGCAGGAUCCUCCGCUUCCUGGGGAGCAGGCUGUCGCGCGUCCCCUCCAUCUGGCGCCGCAAGAAGCCGUCCCCGUCGAGCGCCGCCGCCAUUGCCGCCUCCAAACCGGCGGGAUCCCGCUCUCAGGCGACCCAGAUCUCUCACGUGUGUCAGGCAUGGCAGGAGCGAGCGCUGGCGUGGCCGGGUCACGGCGAAAGGAGAUGGCCGGCGAGGUCGGCGGCGGCGCUCUGCCUCGUGGCCGUGCUCGCCGUCUCGUGGACUUCCAUCGCGGCGUUUCGAGCCAUGAAUGGGUAUGGGAGAGGAUACCACGAACCGGGUGGUCACCGCACGCCAUGGAGAUUCUUGGUCGCGAAGAGGAUUGCCAGCUUGUUGGAGUUGGAGCCUCGUCUCUACGCGUGGCUCAUGAAGCUCAGCUUGAACAGGCUCCUCAACUGGUAGAAAUUUGCAGAAUCUAUUCACCUCUAGAGGCUGGGUCACAGUGGAUUGUGGAAGGGUUGAUGCUUACAUGCAAACUAAUUUAAUUUAGGUUCAUAGCAAUACAUUCAGGGAAGAAACCAACUAGUAUUGGCUUUCGGAAUUAGGCAGUGUAAAUGUUAAGGUUCAAACUUCGGGGACUUCGCUUUGCUUUGGAGAACCUUACUUUCUGUAGUUCAGUAAUCUAAUAGAUCAAAUAGCCUUUCAAAUUUAG